UCAUUCGCCGCGGCCAACUCUUCGGCUUCAACCUUUUCCUUUUCUGCAACGCGUGAGCAACCGGUGAACUUGGAAAAUACAACACCAAUUCUUUAUCGUGAGAGACAAUUCAAACUACCUACGGUCGCAAAUAUGGCCAAAAAGGGAACCAAGAGCAGUGCCCCUGCGCCCGCAGCCGCUUCAUCGUCGGCAGCAUCUCAGCCCACCUCCAAAGCCAAAAAGGACUCCAAGAAGGCCGCAGGCCCAUCAGAGGGCGAUUUCAUUGUCUUUAGCAAUUCCGACAAGGAACCUAAGGGCAAGAGGGGAGGAGCUAAAGCUGGUCCCUCCAAACCCGCGGAGGAGCUUGACGCCGGGCCCCCGAAGCCGACGGUUAAGCAAAUCAUCGGUGGUCACUCCUGGACCGGCAAGCUACCCGUGAACCUUCUUUCGGAGCACUGCCAGAAGCAAAAGUGGGAGAGACCCGACUACAACACCAUCAAGACCAAGGAUGGGUUCUCUGUCUUUGUUACUCUCAGCGCAAAGAACCCAAAGACGCAGGAAGUCACCACGCUGCCGCCAUUCAAGCUGCCUCCAAGCCAUGUGCACCUCGCCUACAAGCCCACUGCCCUCGAGGCCAAGCAUUUCGCCGCUACCUACGCCCUGUACCGCGUUUGCAGCAUGAAGAACAUGCACAUGACGCUUCCGCCAGAUUAUAGGUCGCUGUGGAAGGAGUUUGAGGCCCUUAAGAAGCAGGAUGUCAAGGAGGGCAAGGCAUGGAUGUACGAGGCCGACCCUUUCCAAGCUCAGAGAGAGCGCGAGGAGGCAAAGGCCGCCGCUGAGAAGAAGAGAGCUCAGCUCCAGGCCGCCAAGGAAAAGGCCGCAAACGAACCCGGUGUUUCCCUGGCACUCAGGGGCAGUGGCUCCGGGGGCGCAGGUGGUGGUGGCGCGCACAAUGUCAUGAGGGGAUGGGCUAAUGUUCCCAAGAUCGAGAUGGGCAACAAGACACGAUCGCAGCUCGAGGAUUUGCUUCGCAGGGAGACGGUCUGGAAUCCGAAUGGGGUGGUCAUGUCGGCCUCGCAAAAGGCCGCCAUCGUCAAGGAGUUCAAGGAUUUGGGAUUCCGCCAAAGCCAUAUCGAGGAGGCCGUGGAGGAGUGCAAAGACAGAGAAGAGGCCUUGGAAUGGCUCUUGGUUCAUAUUCCUGAGGAUGAUCUUCCGCGGUGGGCUCUCCCUGAGAAGUAUAGCGCUGGCGUUACUGUCGCUGCCACUGAUCUCAAGAGAGAGGGCGCCAUUACGCGACUCGCUCAGUCCGGAUACUCUAUUGACCUCUGUCGCAAGCUCUUGGCGCUCCAUGACGGAGAUGAGGCUAAAGCGGCAGAAGACCUGCAGAAGCUUCUUCUGGCGAGCGGCUCCGAGUCCGUUGAUGACUCCUCGCAGGAUGCGGAUGGUCUAGACACCUGGAAGGAUGCUGACGAGUGCUGGGAAGAGGAGAUGGCCACGCUGGAGGCGUGCUUCGGCGAAAAGUUUUCCAAGACUUCUCCGGAAAUUUGCGAGAUCAAGCUGGAGGGUGUCAAGAAUGGCAGCCAAACCAACGUGGAUGCCUGCGUGCAGUUCCGUAAAUCAGAGCAGUAUCCUACCCAGGUUAUUCUGGCUAUGGUGGCUGCUCUUCCGUCCUACAUCAAGCUCAGUGUCAUCAAGCAGGCAUUGGCAUAUGCUCUUACGCUGGAAGGCGAGGAGAUGAAGAUUUUCUACGUUGCCAGCUGGGUGCAAGAAAACAUCAACGACAUCAUCGAAAAGCCUGGUCGCAUCCGCGAAGUUGCCGCCGUGGCAUCUGCAGCUUCAGAGGAACCCAAAAAGGCCGUUAAGCGGGCACGAAGGGCCCCUCGUUGCCCCAAGCCUAUCAACUGGUCGCCUGAUCCUCGUAGCACGGAGGAGUGGCGUGCCAGAACGGAAACCCCCUCUUACAAGAAGAUGCUGUACGCACGGCAGAAUCUGCCAGCAUGGCAGGUACAGGAUUACCUCAUCCAGACGGUGUCGGAAAACCAAGUCACCAUCAUCUCCGGAGAAACAGGUUCCGGAAAGUCUACGCAGUCCGUCCAGUUCAUCUUGGAUGACCUCUACAGCAAAGGACUUGGAAAGAGCGCAAACAUCAUUGUCACACAACCUCGCCGUAUUUCUGCCCUGGGUUUGGCGGACAGAGUUAGCGACGAGCGCUGUUCACAAGUUGGCCAGGAAGUCGGUUACUCGAUCCGUGGCGAAAGCAAGACGAGCCCGAACACCAGGAUCACCUUCGUCACGACUGGUGUGCUGCUACGACGCCUCCAGACCUCGGGCGGCCGCGUAGAGGAUGUGGUCGCAUCGCUUGCCGAUGUCAGCCACGUGGUGGUCGACGAGGUGCACGAACGCAGUCUUGAUACUGAUUUCCUGCUUGCCAUUAUUCGUGAUGUGUUGUACAAGCGCAGGGAUCUGAAGCUCAUUCUCAUGAGUGCCACGCUUGAUGCUGCGUCUUUCAAAGACUACUUUACCGUUGAUGGGAAGAAUGUUUCGGUUGGCCUGGUUGAGAUCUCUGGCCGGACAUAUCCUGUUCAGGACUACUACCUCGACGACGUAAUUCACAUGACGGGCUUCAGCAUUGGUAACAACCGCGAGUACUACUAUGACGACAACGCUGGCAGCAAGUCCAAAGAGGAUCCCAACGAUGACCCUAUCAACAAGAUCAUUCAAAGAAUGGGCAGCCGCAUCAACUACGACCUCCUUGUGGAGACCGUAUGUGCAAUUGAUAGCGAACUCGCCGAGACUCAAAAGGCUGGUGGUAUUCUGAUUUUCCUCCCCGGCGUUGCUGAAAUCAACCGCGCCUGCAACGCUCUGCGAGCAGUGCCUUCUCUCCAUGUUCUCCCUCUCCAUGCCUCCUUGGAAACCAAAGAGCAGAAGAGGGUGUUUGCGUCCGCUCCUCCAGGCAAGAGAAAGGUGGUCAUCGCCACCAACGUUGCCGAGACGUCCAUCACUAUCGACGACAUCGUCGCAGUUAUCGAUAGCGGCAGGGUCAAGGAGACCUCGUUCGACCCUCAGAACAACAUGCGCAAGCUCGAGGAGACAUGGGCUUCGCGUGCCGCUUGCAAGCAACGUCGUGGUCGUGCCGGCCGUGUCCAAGCAGGCAAAUGCUACAAGCUCUUCACCCGGAACCUGGAGAUGCAAAUGGCUGAGCGUCCCGACCCAGAGAUCCGACGUGUUCCCUUGGAGCAGCUGUGUUUGGCUGUCAGAGCAAUGGGCAUCAAGGACGUCAGCCACUUCCUCUCUCGUGCACCGACGCCGCCCGAGGCCACAGCCGUCGAGGCAUCCAUCACAAUGCUUAGAAGAAUGGGUGCCCUCGAUGGCGAGGAGCUGACUGCCCUUGGUCAGCAACUGGCCAUGAUCCCCGCCGAUCUGCGGUGCGGCAAGCUGAUGGUCUACGGCUCCAUCUUCGGCUGUCUUGACGACUGCGUCACCAUUGCAGCCAUCCUGAGCACCAAGAGCCCGUUUGUCUCGCCCCAGGAGAAGCGCGAGGAAGCCAAAGAAGCCAGGAAGAGGUUCUCCCAAGGCGACGGCGACCUGCUCACCGACCUUCGCGCCUUCCAGGAGUGGAACGACCAGAUGCACGAGCGCAUGGGGCAAAGUCGGGUGCGUGCCUGGUGCGGCGACAACUUCCUCAACUACCAGACCCUGUCCGACAUUGCCUCGACUCGGUCGCAGUACUACUCGGCUCUGAAAGAGAUGGGUAUCAUCCCGCACAACUACUCCGAGUCCAACAGUCAACCAACCAAGUCCAUGGCUCUCCUGCGCGCCCUCACCGCCUCGGCCUUCAGCCCGCAGAUCGCCCGGAUCCAGUUCCCCGACAAGAAGUUCGCAGCAUCCAUGACUGGUGCCGUAGAGCUGGACCCGGAGGCCAAGACCAUCAAGUUCUUCUCGCAGGAGAACGGGAGGGUGUUUAUCCAUCCUAGCAGCACGCUGUUCGAUAGUCAGGGAUUCACAGGCAACGCGUCGUUCAUGUCGUAUUUCACAAAGAUUGCCACUAGCAAGAUCUUUAUCAGGGAUCUUACGCCAUUCAACGCCUACACCCUCCUCCUUUUCUCGGGUGCCAUUGAUUUGGAUACCCAGGGCCGCGGUCUUGUGGUUGAUGGCUGGUUGCGCCUCCGCGGAUGGGCCCGUAUCGGUGUUCUGGUGUCGAGGUUGAGAGGGCUGAUUGAUAAGUUGAUUACGAUGAAGGUCGAAAAUCCGUCGCUGGAUGUCGAGAAGAAUGAUAUCAUCAAGACGGUGGUGAAGCUCGUCGAGCUUGAUGGUCUUGAUGCUUGACUGAGCAUUGGAGUAAGG